UUGUGAUUUGUUUCGGAAGUGAAGUGAAAAAUAACUACAAUGUAACAUUUUAUUACGGUAUCGCAAACUUAAUUCACCACAAACAACUUGAUUAAAAUGUUGUUGACAUGUUACGAGAAAUUCGACUUCAAAUUCUCAUUUUGUGGAGCUUACUGUCAAUGUUCAAGAAGUUUGAAAAGUUCGGAGCCGUACUAACCUAACGUUAGUUAGUUAGCAUUAGCCAUCAAGCUAACCUAGUAGGCGCGAGCAGGUUUGACAGCUUUCAGAAUCCAUAUCUAACCUCGCUAAAACAUCGGGCACGCAAAUGUCAUUUAUAAAGAGCAAUAGCGCAAUAUUGAACAAUACAUUUGACUCAAAUGCAUACCUGACAGACGUAGCUAGGCCGUUUGUUGCGGUCAAUCGUAGGGGUCUUGGAAAUGCAUUAAGUUUGUCGCCCUGUGUGUAGUUGAAUGCCUGCUCUAAGGCUCAACGUUGGCUAGAGCUAUGUGGCGAUUGGGGAGGGGUGGCAUUACAAGAGCACGAUUGUUUUCCCUCUUCUACUGUGGAGUUUAGGACUGAGAGAGGACGACGUAGCACACUAGCUAGUAGGUAGCUGUCUAACAUUUUACCUAUUUUAUUUACCACGAAUUUAAGCAUAAAAUAUAUAGCAUACCUGCUGAAUAUGUAAUUCAACAUUUAAAACCAUGACCAGAACACUGUCCGCUGUAAUUCCAACCUUUUUUUCCUCCAGUGAAUGAAUGGUCUCUGUACUUCAUAUGAAUAUGUAAUGAUACUGCACAGCUAUUGCAAAAUACUUGUUAGCUAUUUUUGUGUUGUUACAGAUGGUUUUCAUCAUUUAGUGAUCUUGGAAAUAAUUGUAUUCUAUAAGCCUGUGUGUGUCUACACCUUCAUGAACAGUGGUCUCAUUGAUCAACACAGGUCAGUAGGAGUAGCUGAUUCAACCCUGAACUGCACAUGAGGAGGGACAUAGGAGGGGUCUGGAAUAUUAACAUAACUAACCCUGACCCAUGUACACAAAGGGGCAGUAGUAGGUUGGAUGCGGGUUGUGUGUGCAGUGCUGUGCCUUGGCCUUGUAGGGGCGCUGCAGCGGGAGCAGGUAGCUCAGCAUGCCAUCAAGUUGCAUCGGGGCAGGAGUGCUGUGGCCAAGCACGCUUGGAGCUGGGUGUCUGAUAACUGCCGGCGCCUGGGCAGCCUCAUCCGACAGAAGAACACGGCCAUUAAGAAGCUAGCUGUGGCUGCAGCCGCUGUGGGGCGAGACCACUCCCUCUCAGAUCCAGAGAGACUCUUCCAGGUUCACACUCUGGAGGUGUUCCAGAAGGAGCUGAAUGAGAGCGAACGCUCAGUCUUCCAGGCGGUGGUGGGCCUGCAGAGGGCGCUGCAGGGAGACUACAGGGACGUGGUCAACAUGAAGGAGAGCAGCCGUCAGAGACUGGAGGCCCUCAGAGAAGCAGCCAUUAAGGUGAGGGCAGGAGGAGCAGAGCAGCCAUUAAG